AUGUCUGGUUCAGAGUCUGAAAACAUUAUUAAAGAAUCUAAUCGUCCACGAACAGGAUUUGAAAAACAGAUUUUCUUCUUUUCAUCGAAGUUUUUUUUUCAUCAUAUUCUAGAACCGAAACUAAACAAAUGGAAACAAAAUGCCAUCACUGUAGCUGGUGGAAAUGAACAAGGACAAGAAUUAAAUCAACUCAAUGGCCCUGCAGGAAUCUUUAUUGAUAAAAAUAAAAAUAUUUUCAUUGCUGAUUAUGCAAAUGAUCGUAUUGUUGAAUGGAAAUAUAAUUCAACAGAAGGAAAAAUUAUUGCAGGUGAAAAUAAAGAAGAAAAUCAAAUCGAUGCAUUAUACGGUCCAACAGAUGUGAUUGUUGAUGAACAAAAUCAUUCCA